GCCAGCACCAUCCUGGCCAGGCUGGGAGAGAUUCAGGCUGCGGAAGCAGUACGUGCAGCGCUGGAAGAACGGCCUGAACUUGAGCGAGGCUCAGGCAGCAGACAGACUGCUAGAGAUCCUGCCCUGGGAGAUCCGGGCGACCCUCGAGGACGUCCCGGAUAGCGAGCUGACGGUCGAGCUCAUACUGAAGAGGAUGGGCCUCAAGUCCGGUGAGCGCGAGGACGACGACCUCUACCGGACGGGCAGCGAGGCCAUGCAGGACACGGAGAGGAAGAAGGAUGAGGACCUGCACACCUUCGCAGAGCGACGCCGACGCCAAUUUGACAAGGCGAAGAGCAUCGGGAUGGAGAUCCCACAGAAGAUCCAGGGCAUGCUGCUGAUGCAAGGAGCUCGUCUCAACGAGCAGGGCAGACAGAACCUCAAGAGCCUGACGAAGGGCUCGAUGCUAGGCGAGGACAUCCUCUGGGCGCUGCCCAAGCUGGACACCGGAGGAAAGAUCUGGAGCGACGGCAAGCAAUCAUCACUAUUGAGUAUGGGACUGGAGGAGGCACUGCCAACUCCCGAGGUCCAGCGGGCAGAGACCGGGCCGGUCGAGGAGCCGAUCUACGAGUGGUCGUACUGGGCCGACGAGCUGGACUCGGAGGACGAGGCCAUGGUUCUCGUCGAGCUCUCCGAGAAGGGCCUCGCGGAGCCAGAGGUGGUCGAGACCUUGGCACAGAUCGGCAAGACCAAGAAGACGUGGAAGGAGAACCAGCAGCUGAAGACUGCGCUCAAGCGGGAUCGGGGCUUCUGGAAGAAGAAGCGCCGGCUCACCCCAACACAGCUGAAGUUGAUCACGAAGUGCGGCAACUGUGGAGAAAUCGAGGCCUUCACGUUCACAGCGAUCGGCGCGGGCGACGACCAGGACUUCAACAUCGACGGCAUCACGGUCCUGGGCAGGGAGGUGCUGGCGACCCUCAGGGAGAUCGUCAGCUCGGAGACUACGGAGCUCUCGCUGCUGAUUCUCGAGGGCGGCCUGAUCAUCGUGGACAGCGGUGCCUCCCAGGCUAUCAUAGGCCGCCGGGCUUUGAAGGAGCUCGAGGGAGAUCUGCAGCAACGAGGCCUGCGGAUCAACUGGAUCGAGAAGAGCGUCCAGACACCUCGGGGUAUCGGCGGAUCGGCCACGCUGGUCGGAGUCGCCGUGGUGCCCAUCUCCAUCGGUGGCAAGAGCGGGACCAUCGAGUUCGUGGUGACGAAGGAGGACCUGCCGCCACUCUUACCAGGCGGGUUUCUCGAGCAGUUCGGCGCAGUGCUGGACUACGAGAAGGAACUUCUCAUUUUGAAGAAGUUGGACUGUGAGACUGAGCUCCACCGGAUCGGGAAGAACCAUCGGGGGAUCUACAUCAACGACUGGCGCGGGACGGAGAGCAGCUUCUCUCCCAGCUCGCGUGCCUUGCCAGCUGGACUCAGCUCGGACGCCUUCCGAGCCCCGACUGAAAAAGAAGACGUACUCUCUUGGAAGGAUCCCUCCAGGCACAACCACCAAGCUCACCGCGAGAUCCGCCUCAAGUCGAUGCGGGACCGCCCAGACUUGGACAUCUCAGAGAGGGUCAAGAUCCAGUGGAUCAGGCUGCUGCAUGCCGGACUGAUGUGGACACAGACCCUCAUGGACAAGUUCUUUGCUCUGAACAGGCGCGGGAGACUCUUCCCGGGAAAGGAGCUCCGUCGGAGGAUGGUGGAGGACCCCAGGCUGGUGAACGACCUCUACGAGUACCGGGUUCCGAUGACGGCUCCCUUGGCGGACGGGUCGGUGCCUUGGACGCUCUGUGUGCACCGCCCCAGGUGGUUCGUGACCUCCCACAACCAGUACGGGAACUGGGAGCAGUGCAACAAGUGCAAGGUGAGGACGUCCUAUCGAGAGAUCGGGUACCGCGGGGGCGGCCACCGACAGAUGACGGCACCGGAGAUGAGGAAGCUCAAGCAGCAGCUCCCGCGCGACGUCAGGCCCCUGAGCUCGGCAGGCUCGGCGAUGCGGGAGGGCGCAGCUCCGGCUCCGAGUCGACGCGUGGCGUCGGCGCCGAACGACGAGAACACCUGGUCGAGCUUCAACCAGGAGCCCCCGCCACCGUGGGCAUCAGAGAUGGUGCGAGGCCUGUCGGCAGCAGUGGCCGAGGCGAUGGCGGCAUCCACGGGGCCGAUGACAGCAGCGAUACGCGAGCAGUCCGUGACGCUCUCGCACAUGGUGGCCACGAUGCAGCAGAUGGCGUCAGAGUCUCCAGCAGCAGGCGGAAGUGCGGACUCCAGCUCGCCGACACCGCCAACCGGUCCGCCACCGACGACCACCGGGGCAUUGCCAAACCUCGGGUUCACCAUGGUGGAGGAGGUCCCGGCGGACACCGACAU